UUGACGUUUAAAAUGGAGGUUAUGUUUUUAUAAAAUUUUGUAGUAAAGAAAGAUCUAAUUUUUAGUAAAAAUGAAAUUAAAGGAAUUAUAUAUUACAAAUAAUUUAACUAGCCUAGAAAGUUUAGCGCAGAGAGAUAAAGUUAUCAAUGGAUUGCAGAAAUUUAAUAGGGUCACCAAUUUUUCAAACAAGAUGUUGGGAGAGCUUAUGCAGUGCCAAGAUGAUCAAGAAAAAUGUUAUAUAUUGUGUAGACGAUACAUACAUCUCAUGGAUCACUUAUUUAAAAUAUCAAAUGAUCAAAAUUAUUUGAAAGUAAUGUAUUUAAAUGAUUACCGUAGAGUUGAACAACUUAGCAUGGAUCUUAAAGAUAGUCUACAAGAACGAUAUAAACAGUUAAUACUAGAAAAUAACAUAGUGAAUCCUUCAGAACUUUCCCCACUACCAGUUUCCAAAGAAAAAGAUGAAUCACCAACAGAGAAACGAAUAUUUCAAGACAAAUUUAUUGGACCCCUUGAUUUAUUUAAUCUGCUUCAGAAACGCCAAAAUUUUUUAUUAGUGGAUAUAAGGCCUAACGAGCAUCACCAAGCUUGCAGAAUUAAUUGUAAAAUGGGGACCCUUAUCAAUAUACCUGAAGAAGUGAUAGUGCCUGGCCUCUCAGCUAACACAUUGGGAUUGCGUUUGAAUGAGUCAAUUCAAGAGGUGUGGGAAAAGAGAGAUUCCUUUGACGUUAUUGUUCUGCUCGAUAGUGAUACAACUGCAUAUAAUUAUUUGGGAUCAAAGUUAGAGCGACUGAGAAGUUUUAUUGUAGAGUGGGAUACAGGUAGACAGUACAAAGAAGAUCCCGUAGUAUUAAACGGAGGUUUAAAAGAAUUUGUUGAGUGUUAUCCAUCGACAGUAGACAAUUCCCACCUAUUUCUGAGCCAGACGAAUUGUGACAUAGACGAGCUGCUUGAUUUAGACAGUAUAGUUUAUCCAGAAGCCGGUUCAGUAGUCCAGAUGAGAUUAAAAAUUCACGAAGUUCCAAUAUCCGAGGAAGAGGAUAUGGGAGUUGAAUUCAAUACAGAAGGGGGUGAGGAAACAUCUGCUCCAUCAGUUGAUGCAAUAGUAGAUAAUCCGAGCACCUCCAUGGAAACAACCACAGUAGUCAUGCCGCCCGUUAAUAAUGUUGAUGCAGUAAAACCUGAUGUAGACGAGGCUACGGUCAAAGAAGUUUUAGAUAGUGAUAAAGCUGCGAUGUUACUAAUGGCAAGAAAAGCAGCUAAACCAACAUUUAAUAAGGAAAUUCCUAAAGCACCACCAGUAAUAAGAAAGAAAGAUGUUAAAGGGCAAAAUGGCACCCGUUCCCUAUUAAAACCAGCCAUCGAUAGAUCUUUUAAGCCAGAUUUUCAGAAAAUUGGAGAAGGUUUUACAGGUCUUAGAAACGUGAAGAAUAUUUGUUACAUGAAUUGCCUAUUGCAGUGUUUGAAAGUUAUACCUAUUAUUAAAUCGACUUAUGUGACUACAAAUAGAUAUCUGUCAUUAACCCAGCGAAAUCCACCAAAACUUAAUCAUCAUCUUGCAGAGGUUCUCAGAGAACUUUGGGGUGGAACGAUGUCUAAUCAAAAAACUUUUUUUAUUGGCAAAUUCAAGAAUCGAAUAUGUCAAUUUGCUCCAAUCUACGAUAAUGGUGAGCAUGAGGACUGCUUCGAAUUCUUCAUAUUUCUUUUCAAUGCAAUUAGUGAUGAUUGCUCAUCUGAGUUACCUCGACAAAUGAUGACUGAGAGCGAAAAAGCAUGGUAUGGUCAUCUUCAAGGUAGAUCUUCGUUUUGGAUUGACAGUUUUUAUUUUCAACUAAGAAAUUUAAAAAUAUGUUGCAAUUGCCGCAAAGUUAACCCGACGUAUGAUACCGACAGUCUUUUAAUGUUGUCUGUACCCAAUAAAUCCUGCAAUCUUCAGAACAUGAUUUUUGAUUAUCUAAAGGAAGUUAGACUGACUGAUUUCUCUUGCAAUAAUUGUAAAUUCACUAAUACCAUCAUCAAUAAAAAGGAGUUAACUGUAGAACCUGAAAUACUCGCCAUUGUUUUGAAAAGGUACAUGCCUAGUAGUGAUAACUUAACUUUUGUAAAGAACAUGGCAGAAAUCGACUUUCCCUUGCGAGAUUUGAGAUUUGGUACUUCAAGCUACAAUUUGUGUAGUAUUGUAGAGCACUCAGGAAAUUUGUCGGGAGGACAUUACUUUGCUACGGUUAAGUUAGAUUAUAAAAGUGAUGAUUGGUAUUUGUUCAACGAUACAGUGAUUAGUAAGUAUUCCAAGCCAGUUAAUGGUGAUGCUCGGAUAAAGACAUCAGCUGCAGGAUUCUUUUAUGUGCGCAACUCGAUGUAAAUUCAUACAAUGUGAUAAUAGACCAGGGCGCAUCUGUAAAAAUAUUAGUACAUUUGGACGUUGAGAGGUGAGUCAUAUUUUUUUGCAGAAAUUGCUUGAAAAUACCUCAUACAAUAAUAUUUGAGUUCUUCCCACUCAAAAAGGUCCGGAACAUUGUUUAAAUAAUCAAAAUGUGAAAAAAUUUAGUAAAAAUUCGAUUUUUUUCUUCGUUUUUGAUUAUAACUUUAAAAGUGUUCAUUUCCGAGAAAAGUUGCACUGACAUAAAAGUUGCGUAAUUCGUAAUUGCGUAAGUAGGAUUGGUUAAAAAUUUUAAAAUUGUUACCCUUUUUGCAAAAUAGCAAUAAUUGCGAAAAAAAUUAUGCUAACACUUAGGACCUUCAUAUUUCACCCAGAAAAACUUUAUUAUAUAAUAAAACAACACUGUAAAUUUCAUUAAGAUCGGUUAAACAGAUUUUGCAAAAUAAAUUUUGCAAUCCAGCUUUCGCAAAAAAAUGCAUUUUUUUUUAAAUUUUGCAGGACUGAAAAUAAAGCAGACAGCACGUUGAGUUUUUUUUUACAUAUAGAAGAAUAAUGUACCGGGUGUCCCAAUAAGAAUGGCUCUCGGCCA